AUGGCGGAAGUCGUCGGCGUCGUCUCCGCUGGCAUCGGGGUAGCAGCGUUCAUCGUCCAGAUUACUGGGAAUAUCAGCCGCCUGAAAGAGAUCCGUGAUUACAACCAGCACAAGGCUGGAGACGAGAUUGAGUUUCUGGUUCGCCGUUUGGUGUUUUUGCAAAACGUGCUUGUGCCUCUGCAAUCGUACGAAGGGCAUCCUGUUGUGGAUAUUGCGAUUAGGAACUGCCAGUUGGAAUAUAGCAGAGUUGAUGCUAUUUUCCAGAGAGUCGCGGAGACAAUUUCUCGAGCGCAGGCUGAAAGAAGCAAAAAGUGGAAAACUCUCGUGAAACCUCCAGAAAUAAAGAAAGACCUUAAUAUCGCGAAAGAGAGGAUUACGGGGGUUAUUGCUGACUUGACGUGCUCCUUCAUAUUAGUCCUUCAUCAAACCGUUCCCAGUCAAAUUGCAGCAACAGAGACACAUAGUAGCGGCCGUAUCACUGAGACAGAGUCUGUAGACGAGGGAGAACAAUCGAAUGUCAUUGUCGUCACGAAGCCAACAGAAUCAAACCUAGGCACAACCACAGAUAUAACAAAAACGAUACAUCCCAUCAGAAGGCAGUCAUGCAGCGUGAAACACUGUCAUUGCUCGUGCCAUACAACCGAGAGCAGUUCAGGGCGCUUCUGGGGUUUCCAAUAUACACCAUUCUCAACUAUCUGGAGAUAUUGUGAUAAUGCACAAUGCUCGGCUCGGCGAUACCGCUGGAACUUACGAAUUGCCCUCACCCAAUAUGGCAUCCCAUUGACUGUUAUCACCGGGCUUGAACUGAUCUCCGGCGAGGGCAAAUAUUCUCUAAGGCCAGCACUGAGUGUGCAAAGAACCGUCAGGUACACAUCCCCAGGGUUCGAGACACUAAGGUGCUUUCGUCAUGGCCUACUGGAGCUACAGGACGUAAAAAAAAGGUUUCUAGAGCUAUACAGGGCUGAUCCGUCAUUGAAGAACCACGUCAACCCUGCUGGCGGGGACUAUGUGCAGGAGCUCUUUUCCGUCAUUGGUUACCGGUAUGAUAUGAGAGCAUUCCUUCAAUUGUUAGACUUUUUCAUAUCUGAACUCGGCAUGAGUCUUGAGAACCAGGGUUUGAACUUCCUGAUGGAAUACAUACUGUGUCGAUAUGGGCCUUUGGAUCGGGAGCCCUUACUUGAUGCAGCUCUUAAACAUGGGUUUGACCCUGACGGGGCUGAUUCUCCAGUAUUUGAGAACUGGCCAGGGCUGAGCCUGCAUUAUUUCCGGGCUUUCAGUAAAACCAACGACAUUUUUUAUAUCAGAUCUCUAGCUAGGAUAGCCAAUAAUGAUACAGGCGCCGGCUUCGGUGGUCUAACCCCCCUGCACCAGGCUGUUCUCCAAAGGUCCGUUCAGACAGUGCUGUCGCUCGUUUCACGGCCAACAACUGCUGCUAACGAGAAGAACUUUCUCGGCCAAACGCCCCUUCAUCUAGCUGCCCCAAGCUUGGAGCUCAUAAGCAUUCUAUAUGAGGGUUGCCACGAUGUCGACGUUCAGGAUAAGUGGGGUGCAACCCCCUUGAUGUAUGCCGGGGCGUUGGGCAAUACUGAAGUUGUUCAAUUUCUCAUUGCUCACGGGGCGAACAUUUCCAUCACAGACAGUGAAGGUAAAAGUUUCUUCGUUUACGCAUCUAGGCGGAAGCGCUGGGAUCUAGUACUCGACACACUGGAAACAAUUCGACCUCACUGCAGUCCAGAGGAAUUCCAACACCACGUUUACACGUCGCUGGCGGAGGUUGUGCGGUUGUUCCACUACCCCAAGGAGACGAGGGCACAUUUCAUUUCCCUUGUUGAGCUUUGCGACAAUGUGGAUAACGUCCUUUUCUACAAUGACAUUACAAGGACUGAAAACAAUAACCUGUUACAUUAUGUCUUUAAUCGUGAGGAAGCUGAGGCCCUUGUCCGUUGUGGCUUCACUGGAUUCAACCAGCCCAACAGUGCAGGUCAAACACCCAUAUUUUCGCUGGUUGAGUACCUGGAUACUAGGCUGUUCCAACUUUUACUCGAUAGAGGUACAAAUGUCAAUCAUGUUGAUUCACGCGGGCAGCCUUUUCUGUUACACUUGAUGGCCGACUUGAAGAACUUUGGCAGUAAUCGCUGGAAUGUAAUGGAAUGCAUUAAUAUUUGCGUGAGCGAAAAAGCUGACAUCUUCUCAUCGGGCAAUUGCGAGUGUCCCUGUUCUCCUGAGGGCUGCUGUGUCUCUUCCAUUUUCGAUGUCUUUUUCAGGGAGUCCGCAUUCUCUAGUAGAUGUCCGGUCCCCUUUGUGUGGGGGUUCGAAUUCCUGUCUGUGGUCGAAGAAAGGCGAGGGCUUGAGGAGUCCCGGAAAGUGCUUUCAUCACUUCUUCGCGCAACAUGGACCCAGAAGAUUGGGAUCACUCAUGUUUGCUGUCACAAAAGAGCCUAUACAUUCAGUGCGUUUGUGCGGGACGAUUCCUCCGAGAUUCUAGACGAGGAAGAAGAACUUAUCGAGGAUUUGAACAAUAAGAUGUGCACAUGGACAUCCGACAGUUUUGAGACUCUGAGGACGAAAUGGAUGAUAUUGCUGAGGACAGUAUUUGAUGACAGAUUAAAGGCGUUUGAGGAGAGUUCAAACCGCGUAUCACGACCAUGCAUAAAAGUUGAUUAUGAAAGUGAUACGUUUGUCUACCACUACGACGAGGUGGGACUUGCGCCUUCAUUGUUGACACCUAUCGCGGAAUAUGUCAUAUGGAUGGAACACGAAUAUGCACGACGAAAAACAAGAACUACAAAUCGUGAGAGAAAGGCGUGGUAUGUUAAACGACUGUUGUGGAUUAUGGAACUAAUGCAAGUCAUGAAUCUCGAUCGCGAUGGGGUUGUUUCUGCAAUACAGCGACGGCUGGACUUCUGGGAGGAUAAACCACCGGAGGACUUGGAUAGAAAACGUGUUAUUGGCCAUUUUAUGGAUUCUUUGAGGGCGGUGGAUUCCAAUGGUGUGAAAUAA